AUGGCCGAAACCAAGGAAGUCAAGGACUUCACCACCCGCGAGAUCGAAAUCAUGGCCAAAGCCUGGAACUGCAUGACCGAAGAGCCAAAGGUCGACUACAACAAACUCGCCUCCGAAUGCAACAUGACCAACCCGCGCUCUGCCUCCAACGCCUGGGCCGCCAUCAAGAAGAAGAUGUUCGCUAAAUCCGGCAUUGACCCCAAGGCCGCCGCUGCUGCGAAGAAGGGCCCCAAGUCCGCCGCAGGUGGGGACGGCGAUGAUGCGGAGUCCGGGGCUGGUACGCCGGUGAAGACGCCGCGUAAGCGUGGGAAGAAGGCUGAGGAUGAGGGGGAGGGGGGGAGUCCGGCGAAGAAGGUGAGGGGGAGUGCGAAGAAGGGGAAGAAGAGUGAGGAGAUUGUUGAGGAGGGGGAGGGGGAGGGGGCGGUUAAGGAGGAGGGGGGUGAGGAGGACUGA